GAGAUUAGUCUGAUCCGGUGCUCUUGAAGGGGAUAGGAACAAGUGUAUGGCUGUCAAUAGAAACCUCAAUCAAACCUGCUUUGAUCAUAAUCUGAGCUUAAUUAACGAACGUAACUACACAACCUGACGUUUAGUUGACCACACAACUACGAUGCAAACACUACUCUUCUCAGGAAAUACACGCUUCCUUCUGGUUGCAAUGAUGGCCAUUGUGAUUGGCGUUUCUAUGUGUGUUCCAAUGGAUGAGACACAACUAGUAGUCUCGAAAGAGAGUUGCAACCCCAAACUUCCCCUCCUCUUCUGCAACCAAAAACGGAGUGGUUUUGGUCCGUUUUCAUGGGACUUGAAGGAAGCGGAGGUUCGCAAGCCCCAAAGAGAUUUAUAUCAUUUGAGGAACCCGUUUCUACCCUUCAGACUAGGACAGAGAAGGGAGGCCCAAAUGGGACAAAACGAUCAGCAGAUUACGAUGCCAUAUUACUGAUCGAAAGAGAGCAUUUGAAAUAAAAUACAUCCUCAAUCCAUCGUAACUAGAUGUGGAGUUCCAAUCAAAUACACGAAAACAAACACAAAAGAAUUCGUUGCGGUACUUUAGUCGUCAAUUAUCAAGUUUCUGAUGUUAAGCAGAAGGCAGUAAAGUUAGCCUCAUUGUGAAAACAAGUUUUGUCGGAUGUUUGCAACUGAGCUUCUAUAUUAAAAUUGUACAAUUUGAUCUA